UUACCUCGUCUGUCGUCCGGUCCGCUUCGGCGGGGAUGCUGCAAGAAGCGAUGGAGUUGAAGCCCCCCAAAAACACUCGAGCGUCUGCCGGAGUUUGAGAGAUAAAAGGCGGGCGCCGAGCCGAAUAAGGAACGAUAAUAUUGAUAAGAUUUUUACGAUGAAGCUGCUGAAGCCGAGCUGGGUGAGCCACAACGGCAAACCCAUCUUUUCUGUUGACAUUCACCCGGAUGGAACCAAAUUUGCAACCGGCGGGCAAGGGGAGGAUUCGGGGAAGGUGAUGAUUUGGAACAUGGCGCCUGUCCUCCGUGAGGAAGAUGAGAAAAAUGAGAAUGUUCCCAAAAUGCUUUGCCAGAUGGACAAUCAUCUAGCAUGUGUGAACUGCGUGCGCUGGUCCAACAACGGCCUGUACCUUGCAUCGGGAGGGGAUGACAAGCUGGUGAUGGUGUGGAAACGAGCUGCGUUCAUCGGUCCGAGUACGGUGUUUGGCUCAAGCAGCAAACUGGCCAACGUGGAGCAGUGGAGAUGUGUCACCAUUCUGAGGAACCACACUGGAGAUGUGAUGGACGUGGCCUGGUCUCCUCACGACGUGUGGCUGGCGUCAUGCAGCGUGGACAACACCAUCGUCAUCUGGAACGCACGCAAAUUCCCUGAAAUGGUGAUGUGCCUGCGGGGCCACACGGGCCUGGUCAAGGGCCUGACGUGGGACCCGGUGGGCAAGUACAUCGCUUCGCAGGCUGACGACCACAGCCUGAAAGUGUGGAGGACGGUAGACUGGCAGAUGGAGGCCAACAUCACCAAGCCUUUCAGCGAGUGCGGCGGGACCACGCACGUCCUGCGUCUGUCGUGGUCGCCUGACGGCCAGUACCUGGUGUCUGCACACGCUAUGAACAACUCGGGACCCACGGCGCAGAUCGUGGAGCGGGACGGCUGGAAGACCAACAUGGACUUUGUGGGCCACAGGAAAGCCGUCACGGUGGUGAAAUUUAACCCAAAGAUCUUCAAGAAGAAGCAGAAGAACGGCGGCUCUUCGAAGCCCAGUUGUCCCUACUGCUGCUGCGCUGUGGGCAGCAAAGACCGCUCGCUCUCCGUCUGGCUGACCUCUCUUAAGCGCCCCCUGGUGGUCAUCCACGAUUUGUUUGACAAAUCCAUCAUGGACAUUUCCUGGACUCUGACGGGUUUGGGCAUGUUGGUGUGUUCCAUGGAUGGUACCGUGGCCUACUUGGACUUCUCACUGGACGAACUAGGAGACCCGCUCACUGAGGAGGAGAAGAACACCAUCCACCAGAACAUCUACGGCAAGAGCCUGGCUAUUACCAACACGCAGGAGCCGCAGCUAGCCACCACCAUCAUCGAGAACCCGGAGAUGCUCAAGUACCAGCAGGAGAGGCAGAGCUCGGCCCAGAACAACUGCACAGUGGCCAGUGCGGAUUCCUCGGCCCCUAAGCUCAACAGUGUCAUGAACGGGGAGUCUCUGGAGGACAUCAGGAAGAACCUGCUGAAGAAGCAGGUGGAGACCCGAACCGCCGACGGCAGACGACGGAUCACACCGCUGUGUAUCGCUCAACUGGACACUGGGGACUUCUCCCCGGCGCUCUUCAACAGCGUUCCCAUCUUGCCGUCCUCCUUGUCCAACCAGCUGGCCCCUCAACUCAGCACCGACUCUAGCCAAGGACAGGCGGUGGCAGCGGCUCCCUCGCAGGGAGGGCUGCGGACCAACCUGGACACCGAGCUCGCCCCGCUUCCGCCGCCCGCCAACGCGGCUGCCAAGGGACUGGAGGACACCAAGGACCAGGUCCUCCCAUCCAGCGUCAAGGCCAGUCUUCUGCUGACGUCCGCCUCCAAGAUGGAACCUAUGAAGGCCUUGGACUCCAGGUUCACAGAAAGAUCCAAGACCACGCCGGGCGUCCCCGCCGCCAUCUCCUCCACUGCCGGCCUGCCGCCGCUCGACAGGUCCAAAGAUGUGGCGGCGUCCGUGCUGAAGGACACAAAGGCCAAAGAGGACACCAGCAGCGACAGCGAGGACAAGAUGGCCGCCAUCAACAAAAACCUGACCUUGUGUAAACGCAAACCUGAGCCCCUGAUGUUGGACGCCGCCGAGGUGGUGGAGAAGCGCAAGAAGGGACGGCCUCGGAAGGACAAAAUGGCGCCGCCCAUCUUCAGCCAGGCGUUCAUGCAGUUAAUUCCUCCCCCCGAGCGGGAGCCCGUCAGGGCGGCGGCGGUGGUGGUGACUGCGCAAACUCCAGCACCAGCGGCUGUCCUCAAGCUGCCGACACCCAGCGUCCAGAAGUCCUUCAGCUUGCAGGUGAGCAUGGAGCCGGCGGUCUUUCUGGAGGUGGAGAACGAGGUGACGUCGGCGGCGGGCUCCAGGCUCAGCCAGCUGCGAUGCUCCCGAGACGGCCGUGAGUGGAACACGUUGUUGCCCAGCUCCGUGGUGGCCGCCGCGGGGAGCAGUGACGUGCUGGCCGUGGCGUGCCGAGACGGGAUGUUGUCGGUGUUCUCGUCGUGCGGCCGCCGCCUGCUGCCGUCCAUCCAGUUGCCAUCGCCCGUGUCCGCCCUCAACUGCUCGGCCCACUUCGUCAUGGCGCUGACUGCCGGGGCCACGCUGUCCGUGUGGGACGUCCAGAAGCAGAAGGCUUUGGUCAAAAACGAGUCCCUAGCGACCAUUUUGUCUGGUUCAGAGGUGACUGUGUCUCAGUCUUUGCUGACUCAGCGGGGCGUCCCCGUUAUCGGUCUGUCCAACGGCAAGUCCUUCUGCUUCAGCUUGUCUCUGGAGACGUGGACGCUGAUCGCGGAUCAAGGAGAUUGUCUGGUCCAGUGCGCCGACUUCAGGAGCUGCCUCCCUACCCAGGAUGCGCCUGGCUCCUCUGGGCCUCUGGCCACCAUGCAGGGACGCAACCUCAACGCCGGCCGCAUGGCGUCCCGUCUGUCGUCCGCCCCGCACCACCUUCAGCAGAGCAUGACUUUGGCCUUCCUGGAGAACCAGCUGGCGGCAGCUCUCACGCUGCAGUCGGCGCCCGAGUAUCGCUACUGGCUGCUCAUCUAUGCACGCUUCCUCGUCAACGAAGGUUCUGAGUUUCGGCUUCGAGAACUUUGUAAGGAGCUUCUGGGUCCUGUUCACAAGUCUACUGCGACAGCCUGGGAGGCCACCACACUGGGUUUGCGAAAGCGGGAGUUGUUACAGGAAGUCCUGCCCGUCAUCGGAGAAAACCUGCGAUUCCAAAGACUGUUCACAGAGUACCAGGACCAGCUGGAGCAGCUGCGCAGCAAAUAACACAAACACACACACACACAAAGUUUUGCGCCUGGCUCACUCCUCAGCUUGGACUUUCCACACGGAGCGAGGCUCUCCGGCGUCGACACCACGCUAACAGGUGACCUUGGAGCUUGUUGUCUUGUCCAAUCGGCGCUUUGCUGGAGCCCUCCUCGUCCGCAUCUAUGCACCAAUCAUGAGCGUGAGUGCAACUUGCUCGAACCAAAGCGAUGCCUUCAAGUGUGUUUAAAAAAAAAAAAAAAAAAAAAAAAAAAUUCACACUCCUGCCAGUCCAGCGCUUUUACAACCCUUAAGAAGACUCUUGGGAUUUUUUUGUUUUUUUGUUGUUUUCUGUCAGCAAACCACCUGAGCAGAACCUUUUUCCAAAGUAGUCAAUCGUAGUUCUUGCCCGCCGACAACUCCUGAGUCCAAAACUAGUGGACUCAUCCGUUCCAGGUGCGACUGCAUCUCCAUAGGAAUCACUUUCGAGUCGGAGGGAACGCAGGUAAAAGCAUCUUGGCACAGCGCGAAGGAGCUCAUGCCAGAUGUAAAGGGAACGCAUCAGGUGCGAGCACGUCCACACUGGAGAGUCCAAGUCAGAUUUUGGGGUCUUUAAGAUGUGUGAAUAAUUUCAUACCAAAUGUGAACGUGUCCAUAUUAAGAUGCGAUUAAUUGCACAAAUGGUGCGAAGGUCUCGAACUUGUCCCUUACAAGUGUGAACGUGUCCCGCUGUGAAUGUUUGCACACCGGGUGUGUGUCUAAUUGGAAAGAUGUUAAUGGGUCCAAAAGAAGGUAUUCAUGCCAAGUAAGAACUCUUCAAUAUGAGUUGUGAAGGUGUUUGUGCCUGGUGUGAUGUUCUGAUAUUUGCCCGAAGCCCCUUUUUAAAAAGUCAAAGGAAAUCACCGUACAGUCGAGCAGUAGAAAUCGCUGUGCUUUUAUUGCUGAAUUCCAGCGUGCGCACAAGUCAUGGCCGAAAGAAGUAAACUGCCAUUGACUGGCAACCAGUCCAGGUUGUACCUCACCAAGGACAGGCACGCUGAAAAAAUGAACAAAAGAAAAAAAAAAAAAAAAAAAGGCCUCCUGUUUUAGAGGAGCCGAGUCAUCCCGACCUACUUUGUUUGGUGUCAACCAUGAAUUGACUUGUUUUGAUGGGUCAGUGAAGAUGUGACCAGCAAUGAUGACUGCUGGUGCACUUCUGUAAAUAACAUCAACAAAAGCAACUUGA